UGAUUAUCACAGUUAAAAGUCAAAAAGUGCCAAGCUUUAUUCGAUUUCGAUGUACCCGUGGCCCGGUCCGAGUAGACUGAACGCUAAGUGUUUUUUCUUGAAUUUGUUUUGAAUUUUUUACUGUUGUCCCUCAAUAAUGUGCUCGAAAGAGAGCCACGAAGAAAAUGCCUUCGUUUGAUCAACGGUCCGAUCAGCCUACGAACACCAUCGGCCCACCAUUAUUGUUAAAUAGUAACACUUUUAACCUUGACAGUCGCGCAUUUAAACUUUGACCCAUCUAAGAAACGUCUUUAGAUCGGUUUCAUCCAACAGCAACACAAUAAUGGAGUGUGCCGAUUUGGACGAAUGUGUUCAAAACUGGGAAUCUAUUGCUGGAGAAUACAAGUCUCUAGAGAACGUCAAUAAAGAGUAUUUAGCCAAGGUCGAAGAAGUAGGAGAUCUCCAAGGACAAUGUGUCAAACAAGUCUCUCACCAAAAAUAUAGAUUAAAUGUCAUUGCCAAAUCAUUAAAAAAGUUUGAAAAAGACGAGCGGCAAGAUAUAGUAAAAAGACUAUGGAAAGACGUAAAUCAACGUCGUCAACAGUUAGCAGACAUCGAGCAAACAUUGCCAAAGCCAAAUGGAAGAUAUUUAAAAAUUAUUCUAGGCAGUGUAAAUGUAUCUAUUAUGAAUAAGGAAGAUAAGUUUCGUUACAAAGACGAGUAUGAAAAGUUCAAGUUGGUUCUUAGCAUUAUCGGUUUCUUUUUAUCCCUUUUGAACUUAUUAGCUAAAAGACGAGCGUUCGAAUUGACCUUUUUAUUCUUGUUGGUCUGGUAUUAUUGCACGUUAACCAUUCGAGAAAGCAUAUUGAAAGUGAACGGAUCAAAAAUCAAAGGUUGGUGGCGAAUGCAUCAUUUUAUAUCUACCGUGGCUUCGGCUGUUCUUCUAGUUUGGCCUAAUUCGGAGACAUGGUAUAUAUUCAGGCCGCAAUUUAUGAUUUUUAAUGUUCUCAUCAGCAUAGUCCAAUCAUUCCAAUUUGUUUAUCAACAAGGAGUCUUAUAUAGGCUCAAGGCGUUAGGCGAACGUCAUAACAUGGAUAUUACGAUUGAAGGCUUCCAUUCAUGGAUGUGGCGCGGUCUUAGUUUUUUACUGCCGUUCCUAUAUCUAGGAUACAUUUUUCAAUUGUACAACGCGUAUACGUUAUAUAAACUAUGUUAUCAUCAGGAUGCGACUUGGCAGGUACCCGUAUUGGCAGGACUAUUUUUUGUUUUGUUUCUGGGAAAUACAAUUACUACUUCAAUGGUCAUUCCACAAAAAUUAAGAGAAGUAAAAAUAAGGCGGAUUAUCAAGACUUACACCAGAAAAAUGUCUGGUAAUCGACUAGGAGUUGAUUCCAAAAAAAGUGACUGAAAAUGAAGUAAAAAGUUUAAAAAUAAUUAUUGUUGAAAUCUGAAACUAUUGUUUAUGUUCUUUCUUAAUAGUUGCAUUAUUGUUAAUAGGAUAUAUUUAUAUGGUGUAUCACUUACCUUUUAGAAACGUUUUCUUUUAAUACAUAAUAUUAAUAUAGUGUAUAUUAUUUAAACAUUUUAAAUAGACCAAUUAAAUUUUGUAAUUAUGGUUUUUUAA